CCGGGCCGGGCCGGGAGCGGCACCGGCGGCGCCGGCCCAGGAUGAACGGGGACGUGGCGGAGCCGGCGCCGGUGUGGGAGCGGCCCUGGUCGCUGGAUGAGAUCCGUAAGAGCAGCCAGAGCUGGUCCUUGGCCUCGGACGCUGGGCUUCUGCAUUUUCUACAAGAAUUCUCACAGCAAACCAUUUCCAGGACACAUGAAAUCAAAAAACAGGUGGACGGAUUGAUCAGUGAAACAAAAGCUACAGACUGCCGCCUUCAUAAUGUCUUCAAUGACUUUCUUAUGUUGUCCAACACACAGUUCAUAGAGAAUAGAGUUUAUGAUGAAGAAGUGGAAGAGCCUAUUCCCAAAGCUGAUGUUGGAGACAAAACAGAGCAGGAAAAGACGCGGGAACAGAAAGAAGCUGAUCUAAUCCCUAAAAUUCAAGAAGCAGUGAAUUAUGGGUUGCAGGUUCUGGACAGUGCAUUUGAACAGCUAGACAUCAAAGCAGGGAACUCUGACUCAGAAGAGGAAGAAAGUAACGAAAGAGUGGAACUGAUACUUGAGCCAAAGGAUCUCUAUGUUGACAGACCUUUACCUUACUUGAUUGGCUCUCAGCAGUUUAUGGAACAGGAUGAUGUUGGCCUUGGAGAUCUCUCUAGUGAAGAAGGAUCAGUAGAUAGUGAUCGUGGAAGUGUAAUUGACAGUGAAGAGAAGGAUGAGGAGGAAUCAGAUGAUGAAUUUGGAAACCCUAGUGAAGAUGACCAAAAGACGAGGAUAGCCCAAAUGAGUGAUGAAGAUGAUGAUGAUGGCUGUGAUCUCUUUGACUCUGAAAAAGAGGAGGAUGAGGAAGGAGACUUAGAUGAAAACACAAAGCCUAAAAAGAAGAGGCCAACAUCAUUUGCGGAUGAGCUGGCAGCUCGAAUCAAAGGAGAAGUGCCAGUCAGACGAGAUGAAGAGUGUUCAUCCCUGUCAUCAGAGACCAAAACAAGGAAAACUCCAAAAGAAAAGAAGGAAGUUAGAGUUCCAUCAGAUGAUGAAGAUGAUGACAUCUUCAAGCCUCCUAAAUUGACUGAUGAGGACUUCACACCGUUUGGUUCACGGGGUGGCCUCUUCAGUGGUGGAACAGGCCUCUUUGAUGAUGAAGAGAGUGAUCUUUUUGCUGAAGCACCAAAAGGAGAAGAAUCAAAAGAGAGAGAGGAGCAAGCCCCAGUAAGUGAAGGAGGAAGUGAUGUGUUUAGUUCCACUGUAACUGGGGAAAAAGACAAGAAAUCUGCAGCACGGAGCACAGAAAAAACACCUAAACAACCUGGGAAAGUUGUUCUAUUUGAUAAUGAUGAUGAUGAUGACUUCUUUGUGGAAGCAACUAAAAAACCUCCAGAUCCAGUCAAAUCUACAGCUGACCUAUUUGAUGAUGAUGAAGAAGGUGAUUUAUUCAAGGAGAAACCUGCCAUUCCUUCUGUGGUUGCUGGCACAGCUAAAGAAACAGAAAGCCAUAGGGAGGCAAUUGUGAUAAAAAAGAGUCAACAGUCUUCAGGUGAGGACUUCAAGCCUUUGUCUGAAACACCUCCAAGAAAACAGAGGGGCCUUUUCUCUGAUGAGGAGGAUGCUGAGGAUUUGUUUUCAUCAAGUAAAGCUGUGAAGUCCAAAGCUACAUCUCUCCCCACCAGCAAGUCCAUGACAAAAGCUCCACUUUCCUUGUUUGAUGAUGAUGAAGAGGAUCUCUUUGGUGUGGGACCUGCCAAGAAGCGCCAGGAAAAGACAUCAGAAGAGAGAGCAAAACAGUCAGGGUCUCUCAAGAAAGCUUCCAGCUUAUUGUUCAGCAGUGAUGAGGAGGAACAUUGGAAUGUCUCCAAGCCAGCUAAACUUCCUUCUGAGGAUGGCCGAAAAGAAGACCCUGCAAAACCAACGAGCACUGUCAGUCAGGCUAAAGAUGUGAAGACAACAAGUCUCUUUGAGGAAGAGGAUGAGGAGGAUUUAUUUGCAAUCACUAAAGAGAGCCAAAGAAAGCCACAGAAGCCAUCAUUGUUAUUUGAAGAUGAUGAUGUUAAUGGAGAAUCAUUCUUCAGCUCCCAACCAAUGCUACUCCCUUCAGCUGCUAAGGCUGCAGUGGAGAAAGUAAAACGAGCUCAAGCACCACCUACCUUUAAUGAAGAAGAAAAGGAGGAAAAGGAAGAUCUGCCAGAUGAAACAGUGAAGUCUAAGCAGGUAGAAGAUACAUUGUGGUAUUCAGAAAAGCCUAGACCAGCUCCUGUGCCUCAAGGAACAGAUGUUGCAGGGCAGCAAACAAAGGAAAAACCUUUUACAGUAAUAUCUUCAGAGCCAGCUGACCAUUCAGAUUUGUUUGCAACAUCACCACCAGCUCUGGAGCAAGAUGUGAAAAGCCAAGCUAAGAAAGUGUUAAGCUUAUUUGAGGAGGAAGAAGAGGAGAGACUGGAAGAUGAUGACGGCAUAAAAAAUGCACAGAAAGGAGUUGGUGUGGCUUUUGAGAAAAGUAGUGGGCCCAAAAGCACUGGGGUCUUUCAAGAUGAAGAGCUUCUCUUCAGUCACAAACUUCAGAAGGACAAUGACCCAGAUGUUGACCUCUUUGCCAGUCCCAAGAAGCCAAUGUCUGCAAACCGUAUCCUGAAGCCAUCACCUGGAGGAGGUCUUUUUGGGGAUGAUGAUGAGGAUGAUCUCUUCAGUUCUGCUAAAACAAACAUUCCGAAAAUGAUGGAGAAGAAAACUCUUCAGACCAGUGUUGGCCCUUGCUCAGUGAGCAGUAACUUAGAAAAUGCUUUAAGUGCCAAGCAAGAUGAGACUCUGAAGGCAGCAACUACAGAGAAAUCUACAGGUCCUGUUCCCAUUAAAACCAAAGAGCCUUCAUCUCGGAUUGGAAAGCUACAAGCUAACUUAGCUAUUAACCCUUCAGCCUUACUACCUGGUGCAAUGCCUAAGGUUUCCAAUCUCAAGUCACCCUUACCAGUGCUGGACACUCCAUUACAUGAGCCCAAGGAGGUGCAGAACAGUGAAGCCUUCUCUGCUGCAGGAAGCAAUGAAGAGCUGGGUGUAAGCUUUGAUCAGCCCAUGCAAGCAGACACCUUGCACAAUGCCAAUAAGACCAGGAUCAGGGUUCCGGGGAAGCGCAGACCCCCUAGCAGAUUGGCGCGCCGUCUGGCUGCCCAAGAGGCUGAAGUGAGUGAGGACUUGGACACUAAUAAAGAGCCACAAUUCUCUCUACCAAAACAGAUGUCAGCAGUAAAGAACAUAAAGGAGCCUCUUGCUGCUGAAGCAGAGUCCAAGGAAAAUGGCUUUCUCUCUAGCUUGUCACUACCAGCUCACAGCAGUGUUUUGUCUGCUGGGACAAACAAACUCCUUCCUCCAGAAUCCACAGAAAAUGGGGAUGAUCUGUUUGAAUCUGAAGACCUUUUUGCAAACAGCUCAACAUCCAGACCUGUUGUACAACCAAAGCUGAAGGAAGGAAUGCCAGACAAUAUGGCUAACGAACCCAUAAAGGGCAGGGAGAAGAAGGCUGAUGUGGGUGACCAGGACAGCAAUGAUCUCUUCCAGCCUGUACAACAAAAGUCUUCAACAAAAAGCAGCUCUAUACCUCUUUUGGAGGAACAGGAAGAUUCUCUCUUCACCUCUCAAAAAACUGGAAAAAAGGAGUUAAAAUCUGCUGUCCACCAAGCAGCUGACCCUACUGCCCAAGAUAUCUUUGAGGAUGAUAUAUUUGCUACUGAGGCAAUUAAGCCAGUGACCAAAAUUAAAGAGAAAAUGCCAGAGACAAACCUGUUUGAUGAUACCGUUGAUAUUUUUGCGGAUCUAACUGCAAAACCAAAAGAAAAGAAGACCAAGAAGAAGGUGGAACAAAAAUCCAUAUUUGAUGAUGAUAUGGAUGAUAUCUUCUCUAGCAGCCAAGUCAAGAUACCUACUCCUAAAACCAGAUCUUCCCAAGCAGCCUCAGAACCAAAAUCUGAAAGCAAGAUCCUGAGCACAUUUGAUGACCCGCUGAAUGCCUUUGGAGGCCAGUAGUCAAGGGGAUGUGUUGCAGAGAAGCAGCCUUCCUUAGCCCUGUCCAGUACUAAUACUCUGGAUUCUCUAAUUCAGUAGAACUGGAAUGAGAUGGACAUGGAUAUUUAAAUUAGAUUACCCAUUUAAAAUGGUUAGUAUUCUCUUGUGCUAGUCUAAUUCUGCUAAAUUAUAUAUUUUUUAAAAAAUACAGUAACCUCCUGCUAUCAUGUUUCCAUGGUGCCGAGAUGAAUACAGCCUGUGCAAUACCUGCAAUGAAGUAAUCUAUUAUAUAAAGUAUAGUUUGUUUUAUUGAACAGAUCUAUAGAUAAAAUAAUUGAUAAAUAGUAAAUGGAGUCUGUUAAACUUGAUCUGUCUGCACGUCUUACUUUCCUCUU